AACACGGAAUACUUGCACUACAUAAAUUAAGUUUCUAUCACGCAAGCAAAUUAUUAAUUUCUUUAAUGGUCCAUCAGCAAUACAAUGUGAUUUCUUUGAAUUCUACGGAAAACAUUAUUAAUAGUUUUAAUUUGAAUUGCCAUUUUAACAUGAGCCUUAAAAGAAUAAUAUCGCUAAAAAUGGAGUGUAACGAAGAGAAGAGAUUUCUCGUUGAUAUUAUUUCGAACUCAAUUGGAUUAUUACUGAAUGCAACGUGGUGCUUAAUCGUGACAAUCUAUAAAAUUACUUCAAUUUUACUGGGCAUAACUUUGCAAUAUCUACAAUUACUGGUGUUAAAAUGGAUACCAUUUUAUGAGAACUACUUUAGAUCUGCAGUCUAUAAAAAUAGAAAAACCAAAACAAGUGUUUUUAGAAAUGUUAACUCACUCACGGUCCAAACUUUGAUGAGACCUGAUUGUGUAAAAAAGUUAAACGAAUGCGUUUCUGAUACUAAAAGCUCAUUAUCUAAUUGUUUACAUGCCGAGGAAGCCUCUACUGAGUACGACUCAAUGAAAUCUGUUGAGGGUCUUUUGAUAAAUGUAAGCUCUAAUGACCUAAUUUCGCCAAUAUACGAUGAUGAUAACCUAAUUUACGGAGCUCUAAGAUUAAGUGAACAAGGUUUAUUAAAAAGUACUGAUGCCAAUCAGAUCAGUAAAUAUGUUUUCGGCACUACAAGUUUGUUUAAUGACCGAGUUUUGUCGGACAAUACUAAUGUCAGCCAGAUUAAGGAAAACGUUUUUGGUAGUAUAACAUCAUACAGUGACCGAAGUUUGUUAGAUUGUUAUAGUAAUAAUCAAGUUAUUUUUGACGGAUAUAUUAUCGAAGAUAAGGAAACAUCAACGUGUAUCAAAGGUCAACUGUCUGAAAUACCUUUGUUCUUUAAUAAGUCAAGUGGUCAGCAAGAGUCAUACCACAAAAAUUCACCAGUUAAUCAAAUGUCACCAAAAUUUGAUGAUAUUCAAUCCAAUAUAAUAUCAUUUCUAUCAAAAAAGUAAAUUGAAUAUAAAAUGUAAAAGUAUUAAUAAGGGGGACGUAGAGAUAGAUUCACCUUAAAACAAUCAUUUUUAUAUAACUACACACUUUUUCAUUUUUUUAAAUUUUAUUCACUGCACAUGUCUAGCUUUUUAAAAUAAUUUGUAUUUAUUUUGUAACCUUUUCUACUUCUCUGAAUAAUUAUUUAUGCCAUUUUUUUAUUUGAUGUUUUGUUUUUUUAUUUUAAGCAAGAAAUUACAUUUUUAUUAUUGUUUUCUUCAAAAAUUAAAUAAAUAUUUUUCUAUUAUACUUAU